CGGCUUAGCUGCAGGGCCUCUUUCACUGGAGGAAAAGAAUGAAAGAUUGCAAUGUGAUUACUAGUAAUACUCCUCAAGGUGAAACCAUUUCUCACUUAAGAAUAUAUAAGAUCUGUUACUAAGGAUUUACUUCCCCUUCCGACUACUCAUUACUCUGUGGCAUUUGUGUUUUUGAUUCAAGUUUCUGAGUUUUCCUUUCCACUAAUGAAACUGCAAGCUGUAAGCAACAAAAAGCAGAAGAAGGAACUACUGAACAUACCAGACGGCAAAAGAGCUGAGAAAGACCGAGGGCCCUACCGCAGACUAUGAAUAUUUCUGAGAUGGCUCUAAAUGACAGCUUCACUAAAAGCUCACCCAACUGUACAAUUGAUGGCUUCAAGCAAGCUGUUUAUCCUGCCACAUAUCUCACUAUCUUUUUCCUGGGUGCUAUUGGAAACGGCCUCUCCAUAUACGUCUUCUUCCAGUCUUCCCAGAGAAAGACCUCGAUAAACAUCUACAUGCAGAAUUUGGCCAUUUCAGAUCUCAUGUUUGUAAGCACUUUGCCCUUUCGGGCCACCUAUUUCCUGUUGGGCUCACACUGGAUAUUUGGUGAAGUCCUUUGCAGGAUCAUGACUUACACCUUGUACGUUAACAUGUACUGCAGCAUUUAUUUUCUCACUGUACUGAGCGUGGUUCGUUUCAUAGCCAUCGUCUACCCGUUCAAGCACUGGAAAGUAGCUAACGUUAAGUAUGGCAGGAUAACAUGCGCAGCCAUAUGGCUCUUCAUACUGGCAGCCUCCAGCCCGCUGUUAAGCAAGGAAAUCGCUGGGUACAGCCACCCAGCCAAAUGCUUGGACCUUCGCCCAGCCAACACACAGUGGCUCUUUCUGAUGAACGGCAUCGUCGUCGUGAUAGGCUUCAUCCUGCCGUUCUGCACCAUUAUCGUCUGCUACAUCUUUGCCAUCAAAGCACUGCUCAAGACUAAGGCUCCUCAGCAAAAAAAGACAGUCUGUCACAAGAAGGCGCUGUCGACCAUCAUCAUCACUCUGAUCCUGUUCCUCCUGUGCUUCCUGCCGUAUCACAUACUCCGAACUGUGCACCUGAGGCACAGUGAGUGCCACCAGGACAACCUGCCUUUGCACAAGGCGGUGGUCAUCUCUCUCUGCCUGGCUGCCAUGAACAGUUGCCUUGAUCCUGUGCUCUAUUACUUUGUGGCUGAAAAUUUCAAAGCGCAAAUCAGAAGUUUACACUGCAGGAACAGAUCUGAGACUUGAUCCAGUGAUGCCAUGUUAGCUCAUGGAGUGCUCUGUCCCAUGCUAUUGAAGAAAAAGGCUGGUGCGUGGCCCCGCGUGCCUGACACUGCAGAGUGGCUGCCGGCCAGACAUGGACCUACCGCUGCCUCCCACUUCACCUCUUCUCCAGACGUGACCUCUUCUCCGGACGUGAGCCCUCCUGCAAGACAAGACUGCUGCUUGCUAUUUCGUAAAGAGCCUUUCACAUACAUAAAAAAAUGAAAGUUUUACAGAUCAGAAGGGGUAAAUGUUACUCUACAACUAGCCAGUGAUAAAGAAAAAUCUUUCAGGGAAGAUUGAGGUGGAUUGGAAGAGAAUUAACGGACAAGGCUUUUUUCUCUAACAUGGGCUAAAGAACUUUAUUGUAACCAAUAGAGAAUAUGUAAUAUUUUAAUAACAAAUUAUAUCUAGUAUGUAUAUCUUUUAUAAUAUUGUUAUGUAUAUAUAUUUACAGGUAAUACAUUAUUAUGUUACGAGUAGCGCAUUAUUCUUUCAUUUUCAUGAUAUAAUUUCUGCCUUCCUGUUACACAUCCUGUUACCAUGGCAUAUAUUUUGCUUAAGCCCCUAACAGUGUCUGGGGAAAGGGGCAUGUGUUUUGCUGCUCUGUGCCCCCUUUUGAGAUGCAUGUUCCUGUGUGCUACAACAGCACGUUGUGUGGGCAGCAAAGCAGACAUUGGACUUCCCCCCGCAUCUUAGGGCUGCUGCUUGUCUUGGUCCUUCAGGACGGACAAAAUAGAAAUGACCUUCUGCCCCUCCAGCUGAUGAGCACAGAAAUAAGAUCCAUCAACAAAUAACAAAAUGUAGUCAAAAUCAGGAGAAAUCAGAUGCUAUUUCAGUAGUGACCCUGGACUAAUGUUUUGAUUUCCUGUAUUGUAUCCGAGGGAGAUUAAAUGAGAAACUCUUUGAAAGACAGCUUGUACUUCAUUUUUGCUUUGACUUAGACAAGAGAGUCCACUCUUGCCCAAGGCGCUUCAGCUCUCCAGCCCGGGCUGACUAUGAUGUGCCACAUGAUACCACUAUCCCCACAUGGAUAUGCAGUCCAGUCCCCUGCACACACUUGUGCCAUGUCUAUACAGGAAUCUUACUGGACAUCUGCAAAGGAAGCAGUAUAUUUAAUUGCAUGCAGCUGAUGUUACAUAGGUACAUCUGUUCAUCUACCAGGCAAAAGUUUAAGAAAGCCAAAGAAAUUACACAGUUUCCUUUGUCCCAGAUUCCCUUUUUGCCUUUCAGGAAAAUUGGCCUGAUUUCUACCACCACUUCCCCUCCCUUUGAUUUUACAG